AUGGAGGAUCUGAGCGCCUCCAUGUCCCGGACUCUUGCUCUGUCAACCGGGCUGGUGCCUUCGCCCAUCCCGCCGUCUACCUUGCAUACCCUGGCCUCUGGCCUUGCCGUUGUGACCCUUGCACUCGUCCUUUAUAAGGUCUUGCGCGAACCUAUUUCAAGCUCAGCCUACCUCCGCCAGGCACUUGCCUUCUUACGUUUUGAUGCAGCCGCACUAGGCCGAGAUUGGGGAUACCAACCUGCAGAGGACGCCGAAUAUCUUGCCGAGGAAUCCUCUGACGCCUCAACUUCAGAAGCUGAGCAUGGGGUUAGGCCUGUGAGGCUGUCCGCAAUGCACGUGACCCCCUACGAGCAUCCCGACAUCCCCACCUUCUGCCCGCUCUUUGACUCACGCCUCUUUGUUGCCUAUGCGCCCCGCUAUGUCACAAGACGUGAGCUUUUGAUCCUCGCAGACAUCCGAGAUAACCUUGGGGUUGAUGUCUACUUUGGGAAUGCCGUCAACUCCUCCAUCGUCAAGUUUGGAACGAACUGCCAUGCGGUGAUCUUGGCAGCCCCGACGUGGCAGCACUUUGGUGUCAGUGUCCUUGUCGACAUGCGGCAACUCAAUGGGACUGACAUUGCUGCGGUUUUAGAUUUGCCGCCGGCCUCACUGAUCUUCCAAGCAACAGCACAGGCCGUCGCAGACUUUAACCACAAAGGCGUUGCCAUACAUGAGGUCCUAUUCGUCGGGGAGCGCGAUGUCUCCACAACACCAGAUCCACCGACACCUCGAGGCUUCUUAGACCUGAGGCCCCUGAUGCUAGGUUUCUCGUGCUUCCCCAUUGCAGGGGACAUGCUUCAGCCUGAGACUGUUCUUGACCGUCUCCAGUCAAGAUGCCCCAGUGGCUAUUGCAUUGCCUGCGCUGUCGGCCAGGAGCUGCCCAUGCCUCUCAACAGUGCCAUCCCAGCCUCUCCGGGCAUUACCAUAACGGUUGAUUUCUUGCCACUCAACUUUUCUGAGACGGACUGGAUCCACCUUUACUCUGCUCCAUCUCCCUCGCAGGGAUCUGGAGGCACGGCUUCUCCUUCGUCGGACACCGAAAAUCACGCGUCCGCCAGUCGUCAGCCCGAUGCAGGCACCGGUAGCACCGCUUCCUUUUCAGGAGGCCCUCCUACAGGUGGUCUUUCACAUGCUGCUCUGCCCAUUUUCUGGGCCAUUGACAGUCGAGUAGUUAAGUGUCUACAGUUCUACGCCUUCCAUUUUAGUCGGCGCACCCUGGAGUACACCUCUAUCCUCCUGUUCGUACUUCACUACAGCCAGGUCGCAGCCAAAAUCCAGUUGUCCUUACCCGGCUCGGUAGCAGUGACCCUGCUGAUGCAACGCCACGUGCGUGGGCCUUUGCCGUAUUUGCUCGCUGCGGUCCGUGAAGAUGCGCUCACAGCCGAGUUGCUUGCCCUAGCCUGGUCGAUCGCCUGGACUGCCCAAUCAGGCAUCUUGGGCAACGAACUUGCUGACGGCCUAGCCAAAACAGCCCGCAGUCAGGGCUUGGGCCUGGGCCUGCGUGACCGGCCAGACGGAUAUCCCAAGGAGACCAGACUUGGCAUGUCGGAGGUCCAGCCUGACCCCGACUACUUGAUCUUCAAUUCCCAGGGUGUCAAGGUCUUCUUUCAGGCCGAGGACGUGACCGUCCUAAGUCGUGCAUGCCCCGUCGCUUUCCAACUCUACAGCGUUGGUCCUCACAACCCCGACACCGAAAACACUGCAGGCAGCAUUUUCCAUGAAUUUGUCACGGACAUCGCUGCCCUGUUGCCAUCUACCUUCGAGGCCUACCACACAGGCGAAGGCGGCACAUGGCGCACACCCUUCGGUCAAUGGUUUCGCCUGGGCCAGAUAAUUGUGCCACUAGCAUGGCGUGACUUCAGUUUGCAAUCCUCCGUCCUAUACCUCGUCGAGACCUUGCAAAAGAAGGACGACCACGUUCCCGUGUGUCUGCAAUGCACUUUCUCACGUUGGCAACCUGCUAAGUCCUACCACAGUAAUCAGCGCCGUGCAGUUCGCCCGGAGAUCCCACAGACACCAGAUGAGCGCGCUGCCGCCCGUGCCGUCCUCGACAGCUAUACGCCUACGUCGUGGCUCGUCGGGGUUGACCACCACUACAAUGCUCUUGCAGACCAUUGGCGCCAGGCCGGACAAAAGCUAGUCACUACUCCAGCAAAGGCUCCGCGGCAACCAUUCCUCACGCAGGAGACUCUAGACCGCAUUCACUGGCGCACAGCGUUAAGGCAAUACUUACGCACAGAGUCCAAAGAAUGUAGUCGGCGCCGCUUGCUCAUAGCAUUUGCGGCCUUUGUACACCUGCACAGGGGAACUUCCUUCAGCCAAGAUGCUGUUAGGCGCGCAGAACAAUGGCUUCAGGACAUCGACAUCAGUGAAGCCCGAGCCUUGAGCGCUCUCCACACCUCCACCAAGGACAUUCGACGACAAGUCGCGACAGACCGUGCCGCAUAUCUUGAGUCCCUUGCCACCACUGCUGCUGCACAUGACCUAAGGGACCCUGCGUCGCUUUAUGGCGCCAUUCGCCGGGCCUUUCCCCAGGCACAGUCUGCGCGCCGUCGCACAUUGCGUCCCCUUCCCUCGCUUUUGCUGCCUAAUGGCCGUGUUGCUGUGAGUACUGCAGAAAGAGCUGAGGGAUGGCGUGCCCAUUUUGCUGCACAGGAGGCUGGCAGCCUUGUCACCGACGAGGAAUACCUCCUGCAAGUUAGAAGGCGUAAGCCCCUAACAGCCUGGCAGCUUGACGUAGCAGCAGUUCCGAGCCUUUGCCAAAUCGAAAGCCUCAUCAACACCCUGCAAAGGCACAAGGCCGCAGGCCCUGACGGCAUAACUGCAGAACUCCUCCGGACAGAUGUCAUUACUGCUGCGCGUCAAUUAUUACCAGUACUUACCAAGGCGGCACUACGUGCCACCGAACCCGUUGCCUUCAGAGGAGGGGACUUAAUGCUCCUUGCAAAGAAGGCUGCCCAUGUCAUGGGUUGCGACGGCUUCCGUUCAAUCCUGAUUUCGUCGGUGCCAGGUAAGGUCUAUCACAAGUGCCUCAGGCAGCAACUCAUCCCAGCUUUCAAGAGCCACAGACAUGCCUUCCACGCAGGCAUACUCCCUGGGCAGGGCAUAGAGCUCAUUUCCAUCACCGCCAAAGCAUUCUUCUCCCUCUGUAACUCCCGUGGAGGCCAUGCCUCGCUGGUAUUUUUUGAUUUGAAGGCUGCUUUCUAUCAAACGAUACGCCAGCUUGUCGUCAAUACCGCCGACGACGACCAAAGUCUUUUAGCACUCUUUCACCGCAUGGCAUUGCCCCCAAGUGCAUUGGCCGAGCUCAAGGCCAAACUACAAGCAGUCACGGCACUAGAGCACUCCGGAGCUUCUUCCCACACCAGGGCCCUAGUUUCCGAUCUGUUCGUAGGCAGUUGGUUUAGGCUCUCCGGUUUUUGCGACCUCACCCUGACACGGCGAGGAACCCGACCUGGCGACCCGACAGCUGACAUACUAUUUGCCUUUUCAAUCGCUGCUUACAUGCGCGCAGCGUCGGCAGCUCUGGAUGAGGCCGGCAUGCUAGCCGACGUCCCCUGUGUUGCGCACCGGCCAGACUUCGUUCCAUUCGAAGGGCCAGUGCCGCUAGGAUGUCCAGCCUGGGCCGACGACUUCUUCUUCCCUCAAACAGCACCCAGUGCCGAGGAGCUACUUUUGAGAUCCAGGAGUGCUGUCAACAUUCUGUACACACAGGCUUCAGCUCUGGGCAUGACCGUCAAGUUUGGAGUGGAUAAGACUGCUCUCCUCCUGCCUGCAGGCACAUCCCGUGUGAGUAACCCUCUCAUUACCACAGACGCGGACGAUCGGCCUGCCAUAACGGUCACUGACGCCACCGCCGGGGAAACGGCUCUGCUACCCAUCGUGCAUGUUUACAAGCACUUGGGAGGCGUCCUAGCUGCGGAUGGCAAUCCCGCGCCAGAUCUCCACUACCGAUUCUCCCAGAGCAUGUCCAUCAUUAAACCCCUACGAAGGCGCCUUUUCGGGGCACGGAGAUUCGAUCUUGGAGUUCGACGCAGUUUACUGCGCGCGCUAGCUGUCUCCCGUUAUACGCAUACGGCAGCAGCCUUGGUGUUGCCCUCCGCCCUCCACAGGCGACAGUGGGAGAGACAAUACCUCUCCCUAUAUCGCGUCCUCAUCGCACGCACUGUUGCUGACGAUCAGGCGCACAGCUACACCGUCCUCCUCGCGGCGCAAGCACCUCCCCCCAAUCUCGCUAUAGCCGCUGCCAGGGCCCAAUGCUUGCAGAAGCUUUACCAACAGGGGCCGUUAGAGCUCUUAGCCCUCGUGUACGACCACUGGGCCCUGCACCCCCGUACAUCGUGGCUGCAUCAAUUCAAGGAGGACGUCGAAUCUGUGAUCGUCUACCUGCCACAUCUCCGUGAGCUUCUGCCAUACGUUGAUCCGGUUCCAGCCCUCUUAGAGGCCUAUGCCAGAGAUCCGUCUUGGUGGGGACGGCAGAUAACGGCAUCGACAAAGCAGUUUUUGCUGGAUGCCGAAGUGUGGCAAACCACAAGACGCCGUACUCCUAAGGGUGCCCCAUCCUUCGUCGACACCGGACUCGCGGAUGAGGAAGAUGCCACACUGGAUUUGUUGGCCUCCCUUUUCCAUCC